GGGGCCGUGCCCGGGGACACCGAGGGAGCAGCGGUGUCUGCUCAGCUCGGGACAACGAGGAAGGAGGGGGGCUGAGGGCACAGCCAUGGGCCUGAUGGGGGCACUGGUCUGGGGCUCGGCGGCUCUACUGGGGGUGCUGGGGAUGGCCGCCUUCCUCCUGGUCCUGACCCCGGCAAAGGAUGCCGUGCUUCCUGCAAGGCACAAAUAUGGACUGGUGUUUGAUGCUGGCUCCACACACACAGCUCUCUACGUGUACCGGUGGCCCAGGGACAAGGAGAACGGCACCGGCAUCAUCUCCCAGGUGGGGACCUGCACUGUGUCUGGCCCUGGCAUCUCCAGCUAUGCAGAGGACCCCGCUGGGGCUGGAGCCAGCCUGAGGCCCUGCCUGGACAAGGCCAUGGAGAUUGUCCCAUCCGAGCAGCAGCGGGAGACCCCAACCCUCCUGGGGGCCACAGCAGGGAUGAGGCUGCUGAGGGAGCAGAACAGCACCAAGGCCCAGCGGGUCUUGGCUGAGGUCGCCAAGGUGAUUGGGGAGUACCCCGUGGAGUUCCGUGGAGCUCGGAUCCUGACGGGGAAUGAGGAGGGCUCCUUGGGUUGGAUCACAGUCAACUACCUGCUGGAGACCCUCGUGAAGUUUUCCUUUGCAGAGAAAUGGGAACAUCCACGGGACACGGAGGUUUUUGGAGCUCUGGACCUUGGAGGUGCCUCAACACAAAUCACCUUCCAGCCUGGAGUGCCCAUUGAGGAUGAGAACACUUCCAUGUUCUUCAGGCUUUACGGCACCAACUACUCCCUCUAUACCCACAGCUACUUAUGCUAUGGGCAGAACCAGGCCCUGAAGAUGCUGCUGGCAGCUCUUCACCAGGCCAGCAGGUCUCUCCAGGUAUCCCACCCCUGCUACCCCGAGGGAUACCAGGAGAACAUCCCCACAGCAGAGCUCUACAACAGCCCCUGUGUCCGUGCACCCAGCACCCCCAGCUCCUCAGAGGUCCUGACAGUGACAGGGACAGGGGACCCAGUGGCAUGUCAGACGGCCAUCCGGAAACUCUUCAACUUCAGCUGUGGGGCCAACAGGACGUGCGGGUUCAACGGGGUCUAUCAGCCCCCCCUGCGGGGACAGUUCUUUGCCUUUUCAGGGCUUUAUUACAACUUUCACUUUCUGAACCUGACCAGCAGGCAGCCCCUGGGCUUGGUCAAUGCCACCAUCUGGCACUUGUGCAACAGCAGCUGGAAGGAGGUGCAGAAGAAUUUCCCCACCCUAAACAGGACGCAGCUCCGUGAUGCCUGUGCUGUCAGCUCCUACAUCCUCACCCUUCUGCAAGGCUACAAAUUCAACAACGUGACAUGGCCUCACAUCCACUUUGUCCAGCAGGUUGCUGAUGUGGAUGUGGGCUGGACUCUGGGCUACAUGCUCAAUCUCACCAACAUGAUGCCUUCAGAGACUCCCCAGAGGGUCGUGGGGCUCCAGAGGAGCAGCUGGAUAGCAGCCACAGUUUUACUGGCCAUCAUGCUUAUCCUCAUCUUCUGCCUGCUCACAGUCACAUGCUGCCAGAGAAAUUCCUUCAGUUACCAGAGCCUUUAGCAGUGCUGCCUCCACAGGCACCCAAAGCCAUUUUCUCUGCUUCCACACUUGUGAGAGGAACAGCAGGAAUUGUCCCCAUGUGUCCAGGAGCUGUGAACUCAUCAUGUGGGGCACCUGUGUCCUGGCCUGGUGAGCUGGAACCCAGCACAGGCUUUAAAAAACCCUCCUCCCUGGAGCUGUG